GUUUAGUUUCAUUUCUUCGUGAAGGAAGCUGACCACCUCGAAUACCUCGUAUCGUCCAACCAAAAUUCCCUUCAUUCCAUUCGACCAAUCUCUCCAUCCUUCAUUUCCACCGGAGCACUCUGCACGUCGCUCAGAUCGUCACUAGAACCACCGGAGAAGCGCCGAUCUCAAACGGCACACGUCGACGGAGAUCCACGCACGGUCGGAGCCACCUAACCACCACACACAGCACUCCAGAUUUGGAUCGUGGGUUGUUGAAUUGGUUCGGUGAUAUAUAGGGGGAAAGGGUGAUCUGGGUUUUGUGUUUUUGAUUUGAUUGAGAUCAAUGGCAGCGUUUGUGCCUCCUGGGGCACCUAGGCCCAACAGUAAUAGCAAUAACCCAUCGCAACAUCCACCCCCUAAUUACAAUCCCAAUUCACUCGCGGAUAAUAUGAAUAAUUUGAAUCUCAAUCGGCCACCUUCGAUGCCAAAUUCGGGUCCUAGGCCUUCCCCUUUUGGUCAACCACCUAAUUUCCCUUCAUCAGCCCCGCUGCCCGGGGUUCCCAGUGGUUCCCCGCCAUUCUCUAGGCCUGGCCCACCACCCGGUGCGCUCGCAAGACCUGCAGUGCCUCAAUCAGGACUCCCACACUCCACAUUGCCUCCCAAUGUGGCCCCAGUAAGACCCACUGGGACACCCAUUGGCCAGCCUUCACCUUAUGGGUACAGAGCCCCUCCUGGGUCCAUGCCAUUGUCAAUGGGCAGUAAUGCACCACCCACUUCUGGGGCACGUCUUCCUGGUGCUUUCCCCCCAUCUUCAGGUUUUCCGAGUGGUCCAGUUGUUUCAGCACCACCACCAGGUACUCGCCCUAGCACACCCUCUCCGCCUUUGACCACUGGUCCAGUUUUCCCUCAUUCAAGUGCACCGAGUGGUUUCGUGAGUAAUGGGCCACCAGCAUUCAAUUCAGGGUCCUCCCUGGGUGGCCCCCGGUUUCCUCCAGCUAGCAGUGCAUCACAACCACCUGUUGGGCCUCCACCAACGAUGGGUUUGGCUGGCGCUACCCCUCAAGCUCCAAGCAUGCGUUCUCUUCUAGGUAGUCCAGCGAUUGUUGCUCCACCAGGUACUCCUUUACAACCAACAUCACCAUUUUCAGCAUCUGCUCAAGGAGCACUCCCACCUCCAGGCUCUUAUGGGCCACCCACAUGGCCAAGGCAUCCCGGCCAGAUGGCUCCACCUCCACCAAUUCCUGGUUCUGUGCAACCACCUAGGAUGUUUGGAAUGCCACCACAACCUCUGCCAAAUCAAUCUAUGACUGCCAUACCUGCGAUGGGUCAAACUGGAGCCCCUGUGGCAGGGACAUCGAAGAUUGAUCCCAAUCAAAUUCCACGUCCCAUUCCAAGUUCCUCUCCAAUGGUGUAUGAAACUCUUCAGGGCAAUCAGGCUAAUCCCCCUCCGCCUGCUACAAGUGAUUAUAUUGUCAGAGACACGGGGAAUUGCAGUCCACGUUACAUGAGGUGCACCAUCAGUCAGAUUCCGUGCACUGCUGACCUUUUGACAACAUCGGGGAUGCAGUUAGCCUUGUUGGUCCAACCUUUGGCCCUUCCUCAUCCAUCUGAGGAACCCAUCCAAGUUGUAGAUUUUGGGGAAAGUGGUCCUGUUCGAUGUUCUCGCUGCAAAGGCUACAUAAACCCUUUCAUGAAGUUCAUUGAUCAGGGAAGGCGGUUCAUCUGUAACUUAUGUGGCUAUACUGAUGAGACUCCUCGUGAGUACCACUGCAAUCUUGGUCCAGAUGGUAGGCGUAGGGAUGCUGAUGAAAGGCCUGAGCUGUGUAGAGGAACAGUUGAAUUUGUUGCUACCAAGGAAUACAUGGUGCGUGAUCCCAUGCCAGCUGUUUAUUUCUUCCUCAUCGAUGUAUCCAUGAAUGCCAUACAAACUGGUGCAACUGCUGCAGCUUGCAGUGCAAUCAGUCAAGUUAUUUCUGAUCUUCCUGAAGGUCCUCAGACAAUGGUUGGAGUUGCAACAUUUGACUCCACUAUCCAUUUUUACAAUUUGAAACGUGCGCUGCAGCAGCCAUUAAUGCUCAUUGUUCCUGAUGUACAAGAUGUUUAUACUCCUCUACAAAGUGAUGUUGUUGUUCAGCUUUCUGAGUGCCGACAACAUUUAGAGCUAUUGCUGGAAAGCAUUCCAACCAUGUUUCAGAAUAACCGAACUCCUGAAUCAGCCUUUGGCGCUGCAGUCCAGGCCGCUUUCUUGGCAAUAAAGAGUAGCGGGGGAAAGCUUUUGGUAUUUCAAUCAGUCUUGCCAUCAACUGGCAUUGGAUCACUUUCUGCUAGAGAGGCUGAGGGACGAACUAAUAUAUCUGCAGGGGAGAAGGAGGCCCAUAAAUUGCUCCAACCAGCAGACAAAACUUUAAAGACGAUGGCAAUUGAAUUUGCUGAGUAUCAGGUCUGUGUUGAUGUAUUUAUUACUACCCAGGCGUAUGUGGACAUUGCUUCUAUAUCUGUUGUCCCAAGAACAACUGGAGGACAGGUUUAUUAUUACUACCCGUUCUCGGCUCUUUCUGAUUCUGCGAAGCUUUACAAUGAUCUAAGAUGGAAUGUGACAAGGCCCCAAGGUUUUGAGGCAGUGAUGCGUGUGAGAUGCAGCCAGGGUAUUCAAGUUCAAGAAUACCAUGGAAACUUUUGCAAACGCACUCCGACAGAUGUUGACCUACCUGGGAUUGACUGUGACAAAACUAUAAUGGUAACCUUAAAACACGAUGAUAAGUUGCAGGAUGGCUCGGAAUGUGCUUUUCAGUGUGCCCUUCUUUACACCACUGUGUAUGGCCAACGAAGAAUUCGACUUACGACUUUAUCUCUCCCUUGCACUAGUAUGCUAAGUAAUCUAUUCCGCUCGGCUGACUUGGACACUCAAUUUGCUUGUUUCUUGAAAGAAGCGGCACAUAAAAUUCCAUCCUCUCCACUCUUGCUAGUCCGGGAACAAGUGACAAAUCUUUGUAUCAGUGUUCUGCUUUCUUAUCGUAAAUUCUGUGCUACAGUAACAUCGUCUGGACAGCUGAUUCUUCCUGAGGCACUUAAGCUGCUGCCUCUAUACACCCUUGCAUUAAUGAAAAGUACAGGACUGCGAAAUGAUGGGAGAAUAGAUGAUCGUUCUAUUUGGAUCAAUUAUGUUUCCUACCUUUCUACUCCUUUGGCUAUUCCACUGGUGUAUCCAAGGAUGCUGCCUAUCCACAACCUUAGUCCAAAGGAUAAUGCUGAAUCACUUGUUCCUACUGUGAUUCCGCUUUCUAGUGAGCAUGUUAAUGAAGAAGGAAUUUAUCUUCUUGAGAAUGGUGAGGACGGUUUGAUAUAUAUUGGGAACUCGGUGGAUUCAAACAUCUUGCAACAACUGUUUGGCAUCUCCUCACCUAAUGAAAUUCCUACUCAGUUUGUGCUGCAGCAAUAUGACAAUCCACUAUCGCAGAAACUAAAUGAUUUGGUAAAUGAAAUACGACGCCAAAGAUGUUCCUACCUUCGCUUAAGAUUGUGUAAGAAAGGAGAUCCAUCAGGAGCAUUGUUCUUCUCUUAUUUGGUAGAAGAUAAGAGUCCAAGCGGCCCUUCCUAUGUUGAGUUUCUAGUCCAUGUCCACCGGGAAAUCCAAAUGAAAAUGUCGUCUUGAUCAUUUUUACGCUUCUUCAGUCGGAUAUACAAGUUUUGAUCACCUCCGGCCAUCGCGCACAAGAAAUUCAAAGAAAAGCAGAACUCAGAUUCUUGCUAUCUGUAUGCAGUAAUCGGAACAUCCCCUCUGUGCCUGUUGUAUUAAUUUGUUCAAAGCAAGCAAAGCUGAGCUUUGCUACUAGAGGUUUGUUAGAAUAGGGUUAUAUUCAGUGGACAAUGGUGCUAGCAAAUACAAAGCUUUCAUUUAUUUAUGUGUUUUGAUUGUGUUAGUCUCCGAGGGAGAAGGGGAAAGAGAAUGUAUGAACGGUUUUGUUGUUGAUCGCCAUUGAUAACUUGUAACUUUAUGAUGGAAUAAAGAAACAUGUAAUAGCAAUAUAACAGGUUUAGUUCAAUACAUAAAUUCUGGGGUCUUUUGAUGAUGAAACAA